AUUGCCCUCCAUCAUAGUCGAACUGACGUGCGUAUCGCGUGUGCACUAUAUUGGAAUUAUAACAUCUGCUACCGGAUUUUUUGAUGAAAAUGGUGCUCUCAGAAAAUAUAUUCCAUGACAACCCGACAGAGAUUGCUGCCGGUAAGAAACUGGCGAGCCCCAGUGAAGAAGAGACGGUCGUCAUUACUGGUAUGAGCGGCACAUUCCCCGAGGCUGACAAUGUAACAGAAUUCUCGGAAAAGCUGUUCAAUAAAGUUGACAUGAUUACCGAUGACAACCGCAGAUGGGAACUGGAGCAUCCUGAGAUCCCACACAGAACAGGCAAGAUCAAACUUGUUAACAAGUUCGACGCGUCCUUCUUUGGCGUCCAUUACAACCAAGCCAACACGAUGGACCCAAUGUGCAGGUUGUUCCUUGAAAAAGCUUAUGAAUCCGUCAUAGACGCAGGGAUGAACCCAAACGAACUCCGUGGAUCAAAGACAGGAGUCUUCGUCGGUGCUUGCUACAGUGAAUCUGAGAAGACUUGGUUUUAUGAAAAACUGCAAGCGGCUGGGUUUGCUGUGACGGGUUGCAUAAGGUCGAUGAUGGCCAACCGCGUCUCCUACUAUUUCGGCCUUGAUGGGCCUAGCUGUACCAUCGAUACUGCGUGUUCCUCAAGCAUGUACGCUUUUGAGUACGGGUACAGGGCAAUCAGAGAAGGGCUCUGCGAUGCUGCAAUCAUCGGAGGAUGCAACCUUUGCCUCCAUCCAUACGUGUCUCUACAAUUUUGCAGGCUUGGAGUGUUAUCCAUGGAUGGAAGGUGCAAACCAUUCGACAUCGCAGCCAAUGGUUAUUGUCGAUCCGAGGCGAUAUGUGCUGUUUUCCUUCAGAAGAAGAAGGAUGCUCGAAGGAUUUAUGCAUCCGUAAUACAUGCUAAAACAAACUGUGAUGGUUACAAAGAACAGGGAAUCACUUAUCCUUCUGGUGAGAUCCAACAACAGCUUUUCGAGAAUUUUUAUGCCGAAUGUGAAAUAGAUCCAUCGACACUCAAUUAUGUCGAAGCCCAUGGCACAGGCACUAAGGUCGGAGAUCCAGAGGAGAUAAAGGCGUUGGUGAAUACAUUCUGCAAAGGUCGUAAGACACCCCUGAAGAUUGGUUCCGUCAAGUCUAACAUAGGACACACGGAGCCGGCAUCAGGACUAUGUUCAAUCACCAAAGUCAUCAUAGCCAUGGAAACUGGACUCAUUCCGCCAAAUAUAAACUUGGUCAACAUAAGACAAGACAUUGAAGCUUUUCGUGACGGUUCCAUACAGGUUGUAACAGAACCUACACCAUGGGAAGGUGGAAUGGCCGGUAUCAACUCUUUCGGUUUUGGUGGCGCCAACUGCCAUAUUUUACUUAAUUGGAAUGAAAAGAGCAAAAUCAAUGGGGGCCUCCCAGCGGACGAGAUACCAAGAUUGAUCAACACCUCUGGACGUACGAUACAAGCAGUUGAAAAAAUCCUCAACCAUGUGGAAGGCCAACUUUUGGAUGCCGAGUUCUGUAAGCUGUUACAUGAAGUGCAUAAAUCAAACAUCCAAGGGCACAAUUACAGAGGUUAUAUUCUUCUCAACAAAGACAAAUCUUUGUCAAAAAAUCAGCCAAGAGCAGUUCAGGAUGUUCCAUUAAAAAAGCCACUUUAUUUCUAUUUCCCUGGGGUUUACGCGAAUCGGAAAAACCUGGACAAGUCCCUACUUCAAUUUCCAAUUUUCAAAGAGGUCUUGUCGAAAAUGAGCAAAGUCCUUGCCUUCGACGUCUUCAAUGUAGUUUCCAAUUGGAACAAAGAGGAAUUCAACAAUCUCAUCAACAAUUUCAUCGGGACAACGGCAGUUCAGAUUGCCAUGGUCGAUCUCCUUAAAUCACUUGGAAUCGUUCCUGACAAAAUAGUCGGCACAUCCAUUGGAGAAGUCGCUUCAGCCUAUGCUGCAGGCUGUAUCACUGCUGAAGAAGCCAUUCUCACAUCUUAUUACAUUGGAGUGGCAUUGAAGGAAAUAAAUUUAGUUCCUAGCACAAUGUUUUUAGUAGAUCUACCCUAUCUUGAAGUUCAAGACAUGGCCUCACAUGGAAUUGAAGUCACACCUGUCGGAACCAAGGCAUCGAUGGUGAAAGGGGAGAAGUCUACCAUGUCCACUUUUGUACAAAAGAUGAAGAAAAAUCAAAUCAAAGUCACUGAAAUGAACACGUGUCAUGUUCCCAUACAUUCCAGCUCUUCUAAAAAUGCUGCCAGUAAAAUGUUAGCAUAUUUACGAGAGAUAAUAGUUAACGAAAAAGCAGUCCCACCGCAGUGGCUUACUUCAGUAGUUUCUAACAAGUGUAAUGCAGAGUUGCUCUGCAAAAGCGUACUUGAGCCUCUUCACUCAGAUGUUUUACUUCAAGCAAGAGCUGAAGCAACUGUGUUGGAGGUCGGACCACCAGGUGAACAUCACCUCAGUGCCUUCAUCAAACACCCUGUAUUUAACAGCAGUAACAACGUGGCCAACACUUCUGCUGUUCUUGUCUCACUUGGAAGGCUGUAUUUAGAUGGCGUGGACAUGAAUUUGUCUAUGUUGUAUCCUGAUGUCGUUUUUCCCGUCUCGAGAUCGACGCCGAUGAUAUCUCCCAUUCUCGACUGGGACCACUCUGAAAAUUGGUAUGUCACAUGUUACAAACAGGGGAAAGUCAAGUCAGGCGAAGAUAUGGUCACAAUAUCUUUAAACGAUGAAGAAAUGGAGUACAUAUCUGGUCAUGUGAUCGACGGAAGAAAUUUAUUCCCAGCCACAGGCUACCUGAACCUAGUUUGGGAAGCCGUUGGCAAUACUUUGGGCAAACAUUACUCAGAAAUCCCAGUUAUUUUUCAAAAUGUCAAAUUUCAUAGGGCAACAACUCUAUCAAAAGAUGGGUCAAUCGAUUUUACUGUUUUGCUACAGAAGAGCAGUGGAAAAUUUGAGGUCAUCGAGGGUGGAGCCGCUAUUGUCACAGGAAAAGUGCUCAUUCCUAGUGAAGAAGACAUAGUAAAAGAAAUGUGCCCCAUAGAGGGCGACAAAGGUGUCACCAGUUUCUCCCUCAACGCAAAAGAUUUCUACAAAGAGCUAAGGCUGAGGGGUUACAACUACAAGGGGUUGUUUAGAAGUGUAGUCAAAGCUAAUGUCAGCGAGGCUGCUGGGAAAAUAACUUGGCACAACAAUUGGGUUGCUUUUAUGGACAACAUGCUCCAGCUGCAGAUCAUACUCAGUGACACCAGGUCGCUCUUUGUACCCACAUCUAUAGACCGUGUGAUGAUCAACCCAAAAAUGCAUUCUCUUUACGUCGAAAAAUUCAAGGAUAACGGUGAGAUUCCGGUCGGAGUUUUCAAAGGUAUUCAGAUGAUCAAGUCAGGAGGCAUAGAGAUCUAUGGGCUCAAUGCGAACGCCAUUUCUAGAAGGAAAAACCUCGGAGAAGCUGUUUUGGAGAAAUACCAUUUUAUACCCAAUAAGGUGUUUGCCAAUGAAUACGAUAUGGAUCAAGUUGUUAGAAUUAUGGUUCACACGGCUAUAGAAAAUGAACCCAGCGUAAAUAUUAAAAUCACUGAAAUCCCCUCAACACAAAGCCUCCUCUCACGCAUCAUUGCUCAAGUUCUUGGCGAUCUUCCAUUAAUCCAGCCUGAAAUCACCGUGCUGACAAGCCCAAGCAACCCUCUCGUAGAAGACGUCCCUCCAGAAUUCAUCGUUGAAGAUAAAAAGCUCGUCACAGACCAAUCUGUAAUGAUAAUGGUCGCAAGCAACAUCCUUGCAAAUGAAAAUCGACCAGUUCUUGAAUCUUGUCUGUAUGCCUUGAAGGAAGGAGGCUUUAUAAUUGCUAGAGAACCCAUUGGAAGUGAGUUGCAAGUCGAAUACUUGCAGCUAGUCCAGAAUUACAUUGUUGACGACGAACAAAUUAUGAUGUUGAGAAAGGUGAAAGGGAUGACAGUACAAUUGGAUGACAAAGCGGUAAUUGAAGUGAAGCGAGAUGACUUAAACUGGCUUACCACUGCUCAGGAGGCAAUGAAAAACGACAAGUUUAAAAAAGUCUAUUUCGUAUCACAGAACGAUAGGUUGAGCGGGAUCUUGGGAUUGGUCAACUGCAUCAAAAAAGAACCAGGAGGCACCAAGGCAAGGUGCGUUUUUACUUUUGACUCCAAUGCUCCAAAAUUUUCUCUGAAUGAUCAGUUUUACACGACUCAACUAAAUAAAGAUCUAGUAAUUAACGUCUUCAAGGAUGGGAAAUGGGGAACGUACAGGCAUUUGAAAAUCGAGAUGGAAGAGGAAGUAAAAGCUGAAUAUGUUUUCGCCGCUCCCUUGGUGAAAGGCGAUGUUAGCAGUGUGAAAUGGCUCCAAGGGAAUGUGGAAUCAUUGGAGGUGAAAGAUCGUGUGAUUGUGGAGACAUAUUAUUGUGCUUUGAACUUUAGGGACAUCAUGCUAGCAACAGGAAAGCUAUCUCCAGAAGUGAUCACGAGCAAUAGGAUGUCUCAAGAUUCCAUCAUAGGAUUUGAGUUCAGCGGAAUAGCAAAUGGAAAAAGAGUCAUGGGAGUUACUAACAGUAAAGGUUUAGCUACAAAAGUAAGAAGCAAUAAACAUUUAUUAUGGGAAGUCCCAGACGAGUGGACUCUGGAAGAAGCUGUAACCGUACCUUGCGUUUACCUGACUGCGGUUUAUGGUUUAAUGCUCUCUGGCAAGUUACAACCAGGAGAAUCUAUAUUGAUCCACGCUGGUACCGGAGGGGUAGGUCAGGCUGCUAUCAAUAUCGCUCUUUCCUACGGCUGUACCAUAUUUACCACAGUGGGUACGGUUGAAAAAAAGAAUUUCCUUCUUCAACAUUUCCCACAGUUGAACGUAAAAAAUAUUGGAAAUUCUCGUGAUACCUCCUUCGAGCAGCUUAUCAUGAGGGAGACGAAUGGUCGUGGUGUCGACAUGGUUCUCAACUCCUUAGCUGAAGAGAAACUUAUGGCAUCCGCACGUUGUUUAGCACCAGGAGGCAGGUUUAUCGAAAUAGGAAAGUUUGACAUAUCAAAUAAUAACACAUUAGGCAUGGAGCUUUAUAAGCGAGGAGCAACUUUUGCCGGUAUCAUGGUGGAUAAUCACAUGAAAGAGGAAGGUACUGGCUGUCAAGAAGAUUUGGCAUACAAUAGGCUUCUGGAAGAAAUAAGACGAGGUGCUGUUAAACCUCUCGUCAGAAAGGUUUUCCAGAAAAACGAAUUAGAACCAGCCUUCAGAUACAUGGCUGCAGGAAAACACAUUGGAAAAGUCAUCAUAAAGAUAAAUGAGAAUGACGAAAAGCACCCUAGUGAAUGUUCUCCACUGUACAAUUGCAAGCCGAGAUUUACUGCCAAAGGAAAAUUUUGUUAUAUCAUCACUGGAGGUCUUGGAGGAUUCGGCUUGGAGUUGGCUGACUGGCUUGUACUACGGGGGGCGAAGAAUUUAGUCCUGGUUUCGAGAAAGGGGAUCAGCAACGGAUACCAGGAAUUGAGAAUAAACAUAUGGAAAUCCUACGGAGUACGCGUGUUGGUGUCGACUGCAGACAUAACGAAGCCGGAAGGCGUUGUCAGCCUGCUUGAACAAUCUAAAGCACUGGGACCAGUCAAGGGUAUAUUCAAUUUGGCCAUGGUUCUCAAAGAUGGGAUAUUCUCCAACCAGACGAUCGAAAACUUCAAAGAUUCGAUCGGACCAAAAGCCGACUCGACCAUACAUUUUGACAAGUACAGCAGAAAAAUGUGCCCUAUGCUAGAACAGUUCGUUGUCUUUUCAAGUGUGAGCUGUGGGAGAGGAAACGGUGGUCAGACCAAUUACGGAUGGUCCAAUUCAGUCAUGGAAAGGGUCUGUGAGCAAAGGAGAGCGGAGGGCCUUCCAGCAACUGCGAUCCAGUGGGGUGCAGUCGGUGACACUGGUUUGGUCGCCGAAAUGCAAGAUGAACACAUUGACGUUGUAAUAGGCGGGACUCUUCAGCAGAGAAUAACUUCUUGUCUUGAAGUGAUUAAUGGAUUUUUAACACAGCCCAACGCCAUCGUUUCGAGUAUGGUUGUGGCUGAAAAACGAGCCGGCGGUUCGUCUGCUGACAACAUUGUCGACACGGUUGCAAAUAUUCUUGGCUUGAGGGAUUUGAAAAAUGUAAGUCUUCACUCGACCCUGGCUGAACUGGGUAUGGACUCAAUGAUGGCUGUUGAAAUAAAACAAACUCUUGAAAGGGAAUUUGAAGUUUUCCUCUCUCCACACGAUAUUCGAUCGAUGACCUUUGCAAAACUCUGCGAUCUUUCGACAACCCAAGAUGAGAAAAAUGAUGUAAUUCAAGUUGAAAAAACUCCUGAAUUUAACAUCGAUUUCCUAAUAAACAUGAUUGGAGAGGAAGUAAAUGAAGAUGUGAUCAAAACCGUAAAAAUAUGUGGGUCAUCAAACAGCCAAGUCUUCAUUGCUCCAGGCAUUGAAGGACAGACCACAGUCGUUGAACCAUUAUCCCAAAUGUUAGAGACAAAUGUGCACAUUUUCCAAUUCAACAGCACAUUAUGUGAAACUGUUAAUGAAAUUGCAAAUCACCUUCUGCCACAAAUUCUAGACUUUUUGCCAUCUGGAUCAAAUUUCAACCUAAUCGGUUAUUCAUGGGGAGGUCUUCUAACAUUAGAUUUAGCCUACAGAUUAGAAAUGAAGGGCUACAGGGGAAAGAUUUGCCUCAUCGACAGUUCGCCAGAUUUUAUGAGAAAUACCUACAAGAUUUGGGCCUCUGGAAGUGAAGACUACCAGCAGAUCACUAUCCUUAACCGAGUAGUUGACAUUCUGUGUCCUCAGGAAAAAAGCAAGGUGGAAACUCUGCUUAAAAUAGCCAGUAGUUGGGAAGCAAGAAUAAAAAUUCUGUCAGAAUGGUCAAAUCAGUUUGUUAACUUCACGUCAAGUUUUAAAGAAAAUAUGAUCAAUGGGAUUUAUUCGAGGAUUAAAGCAAUUUCUAAAAUGGAAGAUAUACCUUUAAAAAGUUUACAAUCGCCUAUUCAUCUCAUCCGACCCACUGAACUUAUAUUGCCAGCCGAAGAUAACUAUGGCCUUUCUAAAUACACAAAGGGGCCAGUAACUUUUGAGUUUAUAGAAGGAAACCACACAACUUUACUUCAAAACAAAGCUACAGCAGAUGCAAUCAAUUCGUUUAUGGGCUUCACUGAUAUCAACAAUACUACGAAGGUGCAAAUGCUCAACAGUGCUUCGACAAUUAAAGUUAUCAAGGAAAAUAUCAAAAACAUAUAGAAAAAUAUAUAAUUUCAUUAAUUCUUA